CAGCAGACGUGGAGCGCUCGCGGUGACAGCCGGCCUCGGAUCGCGGCGCAGUGCGACGCGGCGAGUCGUGUGGCGAGGCGAGGCGAGGCGGCGGCGCGCCGCGAGUUCGCCGCGGAGCACCGGCUGGAGCGUCGACGAUGCGAGCAGUUAGUGACGUCGGCAGUGCCUAGUGACGUCAGCAAACUUAGUGACGUCAUCAGCGCAGACAUGGAGUACGAUAAGGGGGACCUGGUGUGGUUCGACCCCGGCGUGGGUUACGUGCUGCCCGGAGAGGUCACGGAGUUCCACCGCGCCGGUCAGGUGGUCACCGUCCAGGCGGUCGUCAACGGAAAGCCGCAGGUGUUCACGCUGACCAACCUGGCGAACCUGAGGAAGCGGCAGGACCUGGGACAGAAUGGCGUCGACGACAUGAUCGCGAUCGGUGACCUCAACGAGGCGUCCAUCUUAUGGAACCUGAAACUACGAUACGACAAGGAGAUGAUAUACACCUACACGGGCAGCAUCCUGGUAUCGGUCAACCCGUACCGCAUGUUCGACAUCUACGGCCUGGACAUGGUGAAGCGUUACGAGGACCAGAUCCUGGGAUCUCUACCACCGCACAUCUUCGCGAUCGCGUCGUCGGCCUACAGCCGGAUGACGAAGGAGCGCGAACAGCAGACCGUGGUGAUCAGCGGUGAGAGCGGCGCCGGCAAAACCGAGGCCACCAAGCUCAUCAUGCAGUACCUGGCCGCCGUCAACAAGUCGCCUUCCAACCUGAUCACAGAACAGAUCUUGGAGGCGACCCCUCUGCUGGAGAGUUUUGGAAACGCCAAGACCAUGCGCAACGACAACUCCUCCCGCUUCGGAAAGUACCUGGAAGUUUACUUUAAGGAGGGCAUCAUCACCGGCGCGAGGACGACCGAGUACCUGCUGGAGAAGUCGCGGAUCGUCACGCACGCGCAAGAGGAGCGCAACUACCACGUGUUCUACGAGAUGCUGGCCGGUCUGGGCGAGGAGGACAAGAAGAAAUACGGCCUGCUGUCGGCAGAGCAGUACUUCUACCUGAACCAGGGCGGCAGUGUGGAAAUCGACGGCAAGUACGACAAGGAAGACUUCCAGGCCCUGCUGUCGGCCAUGCAGGUGCUCGGCUUCUCGUCCGACGAGCAGGACAACAUCUUCAAGAUCCUUGCCUCAGUGCUGCACCUGGGCAACAUCUACUUCCACCGGGCGCCGCUGAAGCACGGCCAGGAGGGCGUCGAGAUCGGCUCGGACGCCGAGGUCCGCUGGCUGGGUCACCUGCUCGGCAUCGAGACCGACUGGGUGCGCCGCGCCCUCAUGACAAAGACCACGGAGGCCCGGAACGAGCGGGUGGUUACGCCACUAAACAUCGACCAGGCCCUGGACGCCCGAGACGCCAUCUCCAAGGUGCUCUACAGCAGCCUCUUCAGCUGGCUGGUGCGCAGAAUCAACCAGAUCGUGUACAAGGGUUCAAGGAAGAUGAGCAUCAGCAUCUUGGACAUCUUCGGCUUCGAGGAUUUCAAGGAGAACAGCCUGGAGCAGCUCUGCAUCAACUACGCAAACGAGACCCUGCAGUACCACUUCAGCAAGCACAUCUUCAAGCUGGAGCAGCAGGAGUACCUGAAGGAGAAGAUCGAGUGGCAGAGCAUCGCUUUCCAGGACAACUGGCCUGUCCUGCACCUCAUCAGCAAGAAGCCGGUCGGCAUCUUCCACCUGCUGGACGACGAGUCCAACUUCCCCAAGGCCACGGACGUCUCGCUGCUGGAGAAGCUCCACUACAACCACGCGCUCGACGAGCUCUACAGCCGGCCACGCAUGUCGUCGAUGGAGUUCGGCGUCCACCACUACGCCGGCCAAGUCUGGUACAACGUGGACGGCUUCCUCGACAAGAACCGCGACAUCCUGAGGAACGACGUGCUGGACCUACUAGUCAGCAGCGACGUGCCGAUGAUCUCGGAGAUGUUUGUGGAGCACCGAGCCCACAACGAGGCGGCGAAGGCGGCCAACAAGAGCAAUGGCCGGUUCGUCACGAUGAAGCCGCGGACGCCCACCGUAGCCGCCCGCUUCCACGAAAGCCUCACGCAGUUGCUGGAGUCGAUGACUAAGUGCAACCCGUGGUUCAUCCGCUGCGUCAAGCCGAACGCGGAGAAGGCGGCGAUGAAGUUCGACAUGCCGGUGGUGCUGGAGCAGCUGCGGUACACCGGCAUGCUGGACACCAUCCGGAUCCGCCAGCUGGGCUACCCGGUGCGGCUGCGCUUCGCCCAGUUCGCCGACCGGUACCGCGGCCUGCUUCCCGAGCGACUGCCGCGGGGCACGCCCGCCAGGGACGUGGCCAGGAUGAUACUGGAGAGCAACCCGGAGUCACGCGAGGAGUACCAGCUGGGCACCACCAAGGUGUUCCUGCGCGAGGGCUUCGAACAGCUUCUGGAGCGCCGGCGACUGCGUGUGCAGGGAGACGCCGCCAUCAAAAUACAGAAGAACGUUCGCCGGUACCUGGCCGAGAAGCGGUACCGGAAUACGCGCCAGUCAGCAGUGAAGGUACAGAGCUACUACCGCAUGUACCGGGACCGCAAGCGGUACCGCACCGUUCGGGCCGGCAUGGUCAAGGCGCAGGCCAACUUCCGCAUGCAGCGGCAGCGAAGGCGCUUCGGCGAGAUGAAGGGCGAGAUGAAGCGACGCGUGGCGGCCGAGCGGGCGGCGCGCGCGCGCGCCAAGACGUCUGCAGACCGGCCGGGCGGCGAGAGGGGCCCGUCACGGGCCGUGGCUGGCGUCAACCACCUGGAGAUCCCGGCCGAGCUCGCCUUCAUCUUCAGCCGGCUCGACGACUGGCACCCUGCCCACUCGGACCGAAACCUGAUGAAGAUCGGCGCCCAGGUCGACCCGCCCGAGGAGCGUUUCAGCCUCCCACACGACAUCGAUUACCACGCCUUCACCAAGUUCACCAACAUCUACUUCAAGGCGCAUCUCUGGGGCAUGAAGAGGGAGCCGAUACGCACGCCUUUCCUGGCUAAGUCCAAGGAGGCCGACUACCAGCAGUCGCUGGCCAUCUUCAAGCUGGUGCUGCGCUUCAUGAACGACAACAACCUGAGUGACACGCGCGAGAAGGCGCUGGGGGACUACAUCGUCAACAAGGGUCUGACCAAUGAGAAGCUGCGCGACGAGAUCCUGUGCCAGCUGUGCAACCAGACGUGGAAGAACGACAACGAAGCAAACGCCGAGCGAGGCUGGCUGCUCAUGUCCAACUGCCUGUCCGUGUUCCCGCCCAGCGACACGCUCUACAAGUACCUGCUCAAGUACGUGUCGGACCACGGUCAGAAUGGGUACGCGGCCGACUGCCAGAAGAAGUUGCUCCGGUCACCGCCAGAUGGCAGACUGAGCCGGGUCUACCCGCCCACACUGCUCGAGUGGAGGUGUAACCGUAAGAAGCAGCAGAUGGCGCUGGAGGUCUCGUGCUCGGACGGCCACACCUGCUUCGCCCCGGUCGACUCCUGGACCACCGGCGAGGAGCUGGCCGCCUACGUCCUCGAGAACCGCGGGAUCGGCAGCACGUUCGGCUGGACGGCGCAGAUGACGGACGAGGGUGACCUCUACGAGCUGAGCGGCAACGACUACGUCAUGGACGUCAUCGGCGAAACCGAGCUGCCUCCCGGCUUCCCGGCCGGCCGCGGCGGCUUCAUGGUCAGCGAGCGCACCAGGGGCGGCUCCAGGAAGGUCACCCCGAUGAUGUCGCAAGACUUCAUCGAUGCGCCCAGGAACGGGUCGCCACAGAGGUCGCCAGGAGGUCGUAUCAGCUACCAGCGGAUGGAAACAAUGGAUGUUCCGCCUUCGCCUCCUCCGCCCAGAAAAGAGUCCCUUCAUAGCAUGAGUCAGUUAUACGCAAAGCCAUUACGUCAGCAGCUGAGGGAGGAGCAAAGGCGGACCUCAGCGCACAGUGGUCCAUACACCGAUGACGUCAGCAAUGGGCGUAACAAGAGCCGCAGCCUUGACAACCUCCUGGAUGACGGUGAGCGCUCCCGGAGCGCGCAGCACACCCGGCCUGAGCACCUCGGCCUCUCGGCGUCGCGCCUCAACGAGCGCUACCACUCGGCGGACGUCAUCGCGGACCCGGCAGCCGCUGCCGGCUGGAACAAACACGGCCUCAGUGAGAGCGCCCUAAACGACAGAUACUUCGUCCCGAAGGGAACCAAGAUGGUGCCGUCGCCAGCUGGCCAUGACGUCAUCAGAUCGGAAGAGAAGUUCGAGAAGAAGCUGAAAAAGGACCGUCGCUACUCCGCAGACACCAACAACAGCUACAGGAAACACGAGGCGUACAACAGGACGGACGAGUUCGGUGACCCCGUGGACGGUCCCGACUCCUUCGGUGCGAUGGAGGACGCACACUCCUUUGGCGACGAGGGAGACCCGGCCAUGUCGCCCAGAACUGGCUCCAGAUACGUCAAGUCGCAGAACGCGGGCAAGAGGACCGGUCAGAGCAGCUUCUCGUCACGAGCGUACAUCGAGAGUCGCCACACCUCUGAGAAGGAGUACGGCGUGCGCAGCUCGGCCAUGUCCGACACCAGCGAGGCACCGUCGUUGGCGUCGCACGUGCGCCGCGUGCGCGUGCCGUCUCAGGCCUCUGACAUGGACCAGUUCGUGGAUGCGCUCUUCAUGCCCGUGCUGGAGGGCAACCUCGACGAGCUGUCGGACGCCCGCUCCCUGGCCGCUUCCAUCAAGGGCGGCGGGGGAGGCCGGCAGCCGGAGCAGUCCACUUUGAUGGGAGAAGCGCGCCUGGCGGAUGAUUCCACAACAGCGGCUGGGGAAGGGAGUGUGAGCGAUGCAGAAUCUGAAUUGGAGGAGCUGAGCUCAUCAGUAGAUUUCUUUAGAUGUCGCCAAGACUCGAUCCGGCGUCGCGCGCUGGUGACCCAGCAGCAGCUGGACCUGGAGGACACGUGUGGUCCCGUCAGCCCCACGCUGGAGGCGCUCACCGAUCCCUCCGCCAUGGUCCAGCUCAUCAAAGGUGGGGCGGAGCCCGAAAACGCGACAGCCAAUCAGCAGCAGGGGCAGUUCGUGUUCCAGCCAAUCGCCGGCUCGGGCAUGAUGUCGCCUCCUCCGAUGAUGAUGCCCGGGGGCAUGCCCUACUUCUCGCCUCAGGCGCCCUUCUUUGCCGCGCCCACGUCACCCGAGCCGCUCAACCAAUCAUUCGGCGAUCAGCGUGUGACGUCACCGGAUGGUCGCGAGGGCACCACGUCCCCGGUGCAGGUGCAGUACGUGCCGGUGCCGGUGUACGGGAUGUCAGGCUUCAGUCUACCCAACAUGUCGAUGUAUGGGCCCGCCGGCAUGGGUCAGAACUCUGACGGCUCGGCGGCAACCUCAAAUGCGCCGGAUCAACAACAGAUGGCGUCCUACCAGCGCAUGUUCAUACAGUCUGCUGUCGCUCAGAACAUGCAGAUCCAGCAGCAGCUGUUCAGUCAGAACCAGGCGCUGGCCCAGCUUCUGCAGGCGACCUCUGCUCAGGACUACCAGCCCAGCCCCGGCCAGGCCCCGGGCUCGUCUCCGGCAGCGCGGGAGGGCGGCAGCGGCGAGCCGUCGCCGGCCGGACAGCAGGAGCGCCGUCGGAGCGCCACCUCCCAGGAGAGGUCGGGUAUUCCGCCGGCGCCGCCCAUGGGCAUGACGCCGGAGGAGAUGGCCGCCUUCAUGGACCCGUCCUACACGCGCGCGCGUACGGUGCGCAUCGGCAAGUGGCGCUGGCCGCCGCCCAAGGGCGAAAUGGCCGGCAGUGCCGACUUCAUGCAGUUCAAGCUGCAGGCGCAGCACCGCAAGAUGAGCAGCGGCCAGAAGCCACCUGGCGGCCGUUCGGGUAACGACUCGAGCUUCGAGGGCGUUGAGUGGGACGAGUUCGAGAUGGGCAGCCCCGACGACACGGCGCAGGCCUCGACCUCCGAGGUGCUUAACAAGUCCCGCGAAUCAGCAAAGUCAGUGGACCGGGAGCUGGGCAAGCCGAAGGAGUCGCCGCCGGCCAAGGCCAACCACUCCGCCCCCAACUCCAUCAGCAAGCUGAAGAUCUCUUCCGCUCUGAAGAUGAAGCUGGAAGCGGUCACGUCCAAGCACUCUGAACGAUCAAGCGGCAGCGAAGCAGGCAAGGAUCGGCCGGACGGCAAGGAGCAGAAGGUGGUGAAGAAGCUAGACGCUUCGCGCCGCAUGCUGCUGCAGAAGCAGCUGGGCAGCCAGACGCACCUGGCCGAGCCGACCAACCGGCCGGAGGAGCGGCCACGGCCCGGUGUGCCGCCCCCGCCGCCGCCCAUCGGGCCGCUGCAGGUGGACAUCCCGCCCCACCGGCCCGCCUCGCCCGAAGGCUCCAGCUUCUCCGACAGCAGCUCGCCGGUGGUAGCUGACCGCCGCUCGCCGCCCCGCCCAAUCCAGCCAAUCAGGGGCGACCGGCGCCACCAGCGAACCAGUAGGAUCGAGUUAGACCGGAAGUCGAACGCGUCGGAGACUACUCACGUCACGGAAAAGACGGAGAGAUAUGAGCUGGAGGAGUCGGAGGGCUUCCUGCGCCCAGUGGACUCGUACCAUGACCUGCGCUCGGGGCGCGAGCUGGAGGACGAGCGCACGCUGGAGAGCGCGAAGACUCGCCUGUUCCCGCCCAGCGCGGCCCCCUUCGUCACCUACAACAACGUCAGCUGGCGGCUCGACGUCAGGAAAGAGGUGUUCUCGCCAACGGAGGACGUGACCAACGCGACCGCGCUGCACCUGGUCUUCUGCCAGAUCGUGCACGAUGUCUACAACCCGGCCUGCAUCCGCAUCAGCCAGCCGGAGCGGCAGGCGGCCAGAAAGAGGCUGGAUGAGCUGGGCGUCUCGCCGAACACGAUCCAGGCGGCGCAGCUGAAGCUAGCCAUCAAGCGGCAGAUCCUGGAGAUGGCUCGCGAGUGGCCCACCUACUUCUGCAUGCUCUUCCCCGUCUCGGGCGGUCGGAACAACCCGCUGGUACAGUUCCUGGGCGUGUCUCACUCGGGCGUACGCCUGCUCCGUCGGGAGAAGGGCGUGCCCAACGACUUCCUCAAGGUCAUCGACCACGUGCCGUUCGAGGAGAUCGCCACGGCGUCGGAACGCCGCGGCUCGUCGGUUCAGCUGGUGCUGAAGGGCGGCGCCCGCCAGGCCUUCCACACGUCCAAGGCCGGCACGCUGACCGACAUCCUGGAGCGCUUCAUCGCCGAGAGUCAGUCGGGAUCGCACGAGUACGUGAGGGCGACGGCCGACUACACGAGUCACGAUCCGUCGCUGCUCAGCUUCAUGAAGGGCGAUCUGAUACGAGUCAUCAAGAAGAGUCAAGAAACCGAGAAAGGCUGGCUGUUCGGACUGCUGGACGGACGCCAGGGCACCUUCCCCAGCCAGUUUGUGGUGCCCGUCGGCAAGAACACGUCCCGGUCGCAGAGCAAGAUUUCCCUGACGAACGGCACCGGUCACGUGGGUCCGGGGGCCGAGUCUCCCGAGUCGCAUGACCUGUGGUCGGAGCGGCCAUUGGACGGCGAGCGACUGGAGGCGGAGUCGGACAGCGAGACGUCCAAUCACAGCCCGGCGGCGGGCGGCGACAAGCCGCCAGGCCCCGCCCCCGACGACGGCAAGCACUCGCUGCUACAGUAUGCCAUGCUACACUUCCGAGAUGCUGAGGAGAAGUACAACAUGCUCAGGAGUGAAGACGGCGAGAUCACCGGCUCCAUGAAGCUCGAGAGCAAGAAGAAGGGCAAAAAGAAGGGCAAGGAGGACUGGACGUGGCGGGAACAGGUGGAGAUGGUCAAGUGGACCAACCAGCCGCUGCAGGCGUCGCUGCUCAAGCUGGAGUCGGGCGAGAUGAACAAGCUGGCGCUCGAGUGCUUCCUCUCCAUCCAGCGCUACAUGGGCGACCAGGCCAUGGGCAAGAACAUGGCCGAGGUCGACUGCGUCUACACCAUCCUGAUGGCGUGCCACCGGUUUCCACCUCUCCGGGAUGAGGUGUUCUGCCAGCUGAUGCGUCAGACGACCAGCAACAAGUCGAAUCAGCCGGACUCGUGCCAGCGCGGCUGGCGGCUGUUCAGCAUCGUGGCCGCCUACUUCGCCUGCUCCGACGGCCUGCGGCCCUACCUCUUCAAAUACCUGGAGACGGCCGCCUACGACAAACGGCGCGCCUAUCACGGCACGGCCAUGGUGUGUCUGCAGAACCUGAGGAAGACGUUCCGCUUCGGCGGCCGCAAGAACGUGCCGAGCAUCGAGGAGAUCACGGCCAUCACUGCCGGACGCAACUCCAAGCGCCAGAUCUACCGGCUGCCCGGCGGUACUGAGCGCGUCAUCAACACCAAGAGCACCAGCGUUGUCCAGGACAUCAUCGAGGACAUCUGCUCGGUGAUCAAGAUCCGGUCGCGGGACGAGAUGGAGGAGUUCAGCUUGUACUGCAUCGUCGAGGGCGACACGUUCACCAUGCCGUUGGCGCGGGAGGAGUACAUCCUGGACGUGACAACCGAACUGCAGAAGAACGAGCAGAUCUUCUACCUGAUCUUCUGCCGCUCGGUGUGGUACUUCCCGCUGCGGUUGGAGUCGCCGCUGUACGUGGAGGUGGUGUUCAACCAGAUCGCGCCCGACUACCUCGAAGGCCUGCUACUGGUCAUGCCCGGCGAGACGCUGCACGAGGAGGUGGUGUACGACAUCUCGCGGGUGGCGGCGCUGCUGCACCGCGCCGCUGACAUGCAGGCGAUGCCGACGAUGAAGGAGACCAAGUACCUGCUGCCCAAGGCGGCGCUUAUGGUGCGCGACAUCAAGCCGCCCCAGUGGGUCAACAUGGUGCAGGGCAGCUGGACCGAGGUACAGGAGAAGACGCCGAUGGAGGCUAAGGCGGCCGUGCUCGAGAUCCUGGAGCGGUGGCCUCUGUUCGGCUCGUCGUUCUUUGCGGUCAGCCGCGUGACGGAGAGCCGCGAGGCCGUCGACCACAUCCUGGCGCUGAACCGCGGCGGCGUCCACUUCCUGGACAGCGUGACGCACGAGACCCUGGCGAGGUACCCCUUCUCCGAGGUGAUAUCGACCCGCAAGGUGAAGACGGAGGAGGGCACCCUGUUCUUGGACAUGAAGUACGGCAACUUGAUGCAGCAGAAGGUCGUCAGAAUUCAGUCGGACAACGCCCACGAGAUCUCGCGUCUCAUUCGUCAAUACAUCAGCAUCGAGCAGAAGCACCGACCUACCAACGGCGGCACCGAGGAGGCCCGCGAGGGCCAGGCAUCGCGGUAGCCAAUCAGCUUCGAAGGACGGAGCCAAUCAGAGUGAGCGGGACGUCGGUGCAGCCAAUCAGUGUGGGGCUGAGCUGGUCAAGGACGAUGAAACGCCUCUGCAGCCAAUCAGCUGAGAGGGACGGGGCGUGGCCUCGCGGUGGCCACCGGACGAACCCGGCGCGAGGCGCGCGUCAGGGGUCUGUUUUUGUUUGACACCAGAAGCUUGUGAACGUCGCGAGGAGUGAAAGUGGAAGAAGGCGAAUCAAAAACGAUGCGGGGACGGUGGUCAGAGGGUAUGGCGGGGUCCACGCUGUGUGAUGGUGCGUCUGAAGUGUGUGUGAGCGGUUUUUGAACUUGUGCUCAAGGACGAUCUGAAAUAGUCUGCUAGACUGCGCUCGACUGAGGCACGGUUACCGGGAGCCCCCCAGUGUUGGCGCCGAGCAGCGUACCGCCCGGACUGGAUGGCCCUAGGUUAUGACUUGCUGUUUAUCGUUAUUGGUGUACUGCAAUUGCCUACUGGGAGGAUGGGUGCUCUGCAGUGUCAAGCGGUGAUGACAUGUUUUCCAAGAGUGGACAAUAUCUAUAAAAUAUGUGAUGUCUCGCGGAAGCAAACGAUCACUACUGCUUCCCUUUGGUUUGGUAGCAGGUCUGCUUGGAUGGCGAAACAGCUGUUUCUUAGUCGUAAGGACCGAUUACGAAUAAAGCAAGCUUAUACAUACACCGA